AUGGCCCAUAAUACAAUUGGAGAAAUUAUUUACGAUACGUGCAAUAUUAUUUGGAAACUUUUUGCUAACAUUCACAUGCCAUUCCCUACUACUGAUAUGUUUUACAAAAUUGCUCAAGACUUUGAGACGCUAUGGAACUUUCCGAAUUGUGUGGGCUGCAUUGGACUUGCUAAAUAUAAAUUCAUUGCUAUAGAUGUUGGAGGGUACGGAAGACAAAGCGAUAGUGGAGUUUUUACAGCAUGUAAUAUUUAUGAGCAUUUGGAAGGAAAUACAUUUAACUUACCACCAAAAAAAACACUUCCUCACUCAACUUUUCCUAUGCCAUUUGUAUUAUUGGGUGAUCAAGGAUACCCAUUAAAAGAAUACCUUAUGAGACCAUAUCCUUUUGAUAAUAAUUUGGACAAAACAAAAGAAAUUUUCAACUAUCGUUUGAGUCACGCUAGACGAAUGAUCGAAUGCACUUUUGGUAUUUUGGUAUCAAAAUGGAGGUGCUUAAAAACUAAAAUACAAAUUGAUCCAAAUAAUGUUGACACAAUCAUAAAGUCCAUUCAUUUGAUUCAUAAUAUCAUUAUAGAUCAAGAAGGUGUAGAUGAAUCGUUAAUUUCAAAAAUUAACCAAAACGUAACCAAUCCAGAUUUAGUUCACAGUAAUGCAUCAAGACGCAACAAUCGUUCAAAACAAGAAGCGUAUAAAAUACGAGAUUAA